AUGGUUGGUUUUACAAUGUUUCAACACGUCGAUGCACGUUUGCAGCAAAUAAUGAAGUCCAAAAAACCAUUUGGCGGAGUAUCAGUCAUAGUUUUGGGCGAUUUCAAUCAAUUAAUACCAGUUGGUGAUAAAUACAUAUUCCAAUUUAACAAUUCAUACAAUGCUUUAGUAGAUAGUUCACUAUGGUCACUGUUUGAAUUGUUCGAAUUGACAGAAAUAAUGAGACAAAAAGAUGAUAAGACUUUCGCUAUUGCAUUAAGUAAUAUAGCAAAAGGAAUGAUGACACUUGAAGAUAUUAAUUUAUUAAAAUCCCGAAUCGUUUCAAACGAAAAUUUGGAAAUGAUGGGUGAUGCAAUAAGAAUAUUUAGAAGUAAUGCUGAAGUUGAUGCAUAUAAUACAAAAGUAUUGGCCAGUCUUAAUACCGAAGGUGCAAUUGCUAAUGCUUAUGAUUUUUGUGUUGGUGAUGGACUUGCAUCAAUAAGAGAAAAAGUUCUAAACAACGUAAAGAAUCUAAAAACAACUGAAACAUACGGUUUACCACUUAAAAUUGAUUUGCAAGUGGGCGCUAAGUAUAUGAUGACAGUGAAUAUUGACACUGAAGAUGGAUUAGUAAAUGGCGCCUGUGGAAAAUUGAUAAUGAUUGAUUAUGGAAAACUUCAAAAGACAAAUGAGACAGUACCAUGUCGACUAUGGAUUAAAUUUAGUGAGGAGAAGACUGGAAGAAAAGCUAGAGCCAACUUUCAUAAUGUAAUGCGAAAUAGAAAUAUUGAUCCCAGUCUCACACCAAUUGAACCAGUAACACGGCAAAUAAACACACGGUCAACAAAUUUCAAAGUAGAACGGAAACAGUUUUCUCUAGUUCCUUCUGAAGCCAUGACUAUAUAUAAAAGUCAAGGUGGCACUUAUGAAAAAGUCGUUGUCAAUCUAAAGAAAGGAAUGACAAGAUCUGAAUUAUACGUCGCUUGUAGUCGUGCAACAAAAGCAAGUGGUUUAUAUUUAAUUGGCGACUUCGUUCCACCAAAACCACCUGAACGUAAUGAUGCAGUGGCGAUGAUGUUCAAAGGCAUGAGAUCCGAACGAAUGCUGAAAUUUUCACUUGAAUUUCCUGAAGAAUCUCAAGAAGAAAGAUUUUUCGUGAUGUUUCAUAAUGUACAAUCAUUGAAUAAACAUAUUUUGGAUAUCAGAUCUGACAAAACAUUUUUGUCUGCUUCUAUGAUAAGUCUUGUUGAAACAUGGACAAAACCUACUGAUUGCUUGGAAAUUGAAGGUUUUAAAGUAAUUCACAGACGUGAUUGUAAUGAUACACGAAAACCAUUCGGUCAAAUCACUUACUUAAAAAAUGAUUUGAAGUAUGAAAAUAUCACCGAAAGAUGUGAAUAUUCAGGGAAAGACCAUAUUGAAUAUUGCUCAAUAAAAAUUGAUAAUAUUUGUAUUAUUUCCGUUUACAAUUCACCAAAUUCAUCAUUUGAUGUCUUAAAACGACAUAUUAAUGAAGUUAUAUCUAUUUCAAAAAGAUUCUGUGAAGAUAUAAUUGUUGUUGGUGAUUUCAAUAUAAAUUUGAAGAUAAAAACCAACCACAAAUUCAUUGAAUAUAUGGAGUCAUUCGGGUUGACUCUGAUUAAUAAGUUAAAUAAAAGUUCAACUAAUGCUAAAACACAGAUUGACUAUUGCUUCACUAAUAUGAAUGACUUAAAAUCUGAUUAUUUUGAAAGCCUCACAAGUUUCCAUAAACCAAUAUGGAUAAGAAAACAUGAAGUUUUGACUGAAUUUCAUGUUGAUGAAAUUAAACAAAUUCGUACAGAUAUACCCUUUAAUCUGAAAGAUCUUAAAAUUUAUGAUCAGUCUGAUAUAAUGGUAGUUGACGAAGAAUUCUCUUUCGAUCGUUAUGAAAUAGUUGAUGAAAACGAACAAAUCGAUAUAGAUACGACUUAUAAUCUUGAAGACCUUCACGCCAAUGAUCAAUCUGAUAUGAUGGAAAUCGAUGAACAAUCUUCUUUCGAAAAUUAUGAAAUCAUUGAUUCAACCUCAAGAAAGAUUCUUGACCACUUUCUUCUUGUACUUGAUUUUAAUAAUACUACAGACACUGAUCAAAUUUCAAGUCAAGCACAAAUAAUCAAUGACUUAAUUGAAGAAUCACCAUUUAUAACUGUGCAUAAUAAAGACCAAUCCGUCCGAUUAAAGUCGAAAACAGAAUAUUCUGUUCAAGCGUUCGAUUCCGUUUAUGCUAGAACAUGCACAACUGCAGAUGACAACUGUUUAUAUAGUUCUCUUUCGAUUUUAAAUAUUGGAUCUGAAAAACUAACACAUUCGAUGAGAUUGUUGGCAGUCAAUGCAAUGAUUAAUAAUAGCGAUUAUUUCCAAACACUUUGUAAAGUAUUGCACUAUUCAUUUGAAGAACAGUUGAAAAGAACUGCUAUGGAUACAAUAUGGGGUGGAGAAGUUCAAAUUCAAGCGCUUUCGAUAGCUCUAUCCCAUCCGAUCUAUUCAUAUAUUCAGUUUAACAGUGAUCCAACAAAUAGACAUUAUAUGUCAUUGGAUAUUAGUUUACAGGAAUUAAUCGAUCGAUUUAAUAAACGGACAGCAGGUGGUCAUUUAAAAUAUAUAGGAUACAAAUCCGAUAUGAAUAAAUUAGGAUUUUGUGUUUAUUACAACGGUACUCAUUAUGAUGCUCUCUUGCCUUUUCAAGAUAAUCCUCAACAAUUUGUACCGCACUAUGACUUAAUCACCAUGAGUUUAUAA